AUGUACCAAUUGGAGAGUAAAGACACAUCCCAAGACGUUUCUUCAAUAGAAUCCUGUGAAUUAGCUACGGCCGUAAUUGUACCUGAAAUUCUCGAAGAUGUAUCCACCCAAAUAUCAUUAGAAAAUUUAAACAUUAGCUCAUCAAUAUCCAUCUCAACUAACUGCAAUUUUACUGGUGUUGCACAGGCUGAAGAUCUUGAAUGCACUUCAAUAGAUACUGAUAGCCUCGUUGAUGAUUCCAUAUUAGAAGAACCUGAGGUGAAACUUUUGUAUCAGCGGAAGUUAAUGGUAUUCCAAUCAGAUACAAAAGACCAGUCUCCUCAUAAUAAUGUUCCUUCGCCAAAUGACGUAAAAGAUGUAAAAGAUGAAGGUCGUUCUUUAAAUGUGAAAGAUGCUUCUCUACCUCGUCAAAGAACCAAAAGCAUAUUAAAAUCGCACUCAAAGGUUGGAGAAGAACUUGCAUUACGUCCUGAAUCAAAACAUAGAAAGACAACAUUGAAAACAAGCAACAUUACUGGAUCGACAAAACCGGGUAGAGCUAGAUUAGCAUCAAUGGUACAAUUUAAACUACCCACUUCAGCAGCUUUAGACGGCUCAUCACCCGGAGAAAGUAAACAAAUCCCGACACCUAAAAUUCCAUCACGUUUAGAAGAUAUUCUUUCCGACAGUGACGCCGAUUUGCUCCAGCCAAAAUUAAAGUCAAGCUCUAAAGAAAGCAUACUUCGACGAUAUUCCAGUUGGCAUCACGGUAUGACUAUUUCGGAAAAGUCUGACUCACUCAUACCACAGAAGAAAAUGAAGCAUGCCAUACAAUGGGAUAUUCAAAAAGAAGGAAUUAGCGAAGAACCCUUUCAGUACGUCCCAAAAAAACGUACAGAAAUUAAAAUGGAAUCUCCAAAAGCGCCUGAAAAGAAGAUUGAGAAACCCCAAAAAGAAAAAUCUACAAAGAGAACAGCAGCAUCCUUACAUAAAUCAAAAAGUGAUCUAUUUCAGAAACCAGAAAAACAAAUACAAGAAUCUGAAGAAGAAAGCGCUCCCAUAACUCGGGAGGAAAAAAAACUUCUCGCGAAAAAGAAGCGGGAGUCACAAUUUCGCAAUGUGCUAAAAGAAGUCGCCCAGCAGCUUGUUCAAAAUGAAUCAGCUACUAGGUCUUCGCUUAACGAUGAUCUAGAAUACGAUCUAGACGACAUAGAGGAUUUUACUGAUAUUGAUAUUGCCCAAGGCAUAGCUCAGAAAGAUAAAUCAUUUUAUGAACAUGUUUCAAGCCAUUUGAUGUCACAGGAACAGGGUUUCGUGGAGCAGUGGUUGACUAAACAAUUAAAUAAUCGUAACGUGGCAUCCUCAACCCGCUCGAUUACCUCAUCCAUGGUGGAUACGGCAGAAAACAUAUCCGAGUUUUCUCUCACUGCUGACAUCCUCGUUACAGCGGCGGUCAAGCGCAGAAAGUGUCAAGUCAGGAAAACAAUCAUCGACAUGCCCGUGAAUUUAAUAGCUGCUCAACUGGAAAUGAAAGAGUUAGCGAAUGGAAACUUACGAAAAAUACGCAUGGAUGAAAUGAGCCGCAUUACAAAAGUGAACUUUUUUGGUACCCUAGAGGAUCGGAGAAUUAAAUUUCGACAUAAGUUAAUAUCAGCUAUUCUGAAGUUCAUCCGUUACGGACCUAAAAAAGUGAUGUAUCUAAAAGACUUCGAAUUUAUCAUGAUGCUUCUCUUCAACGAGAUCAACGUCUUCCAGAUGCAGAAUGAAAUAGAUGCAGUUUUAGAAUUAGGACCUGUGAUAGGUAUCCUUUUAAAACUCUUACAAGUGGUGUGUCUGGAUGCCCCAAUGAUGAUGUUCAUCGUAGGAUUGUGCAGUUAUUCCAAGUUUAUGAACUUCAAAAUAUUCAAAGCAAUGCCAAUCAUCAAAGGACUGGCGUUUGGUAUUUUUGUUGUCUAUAUCUUUGAAAUGGGCAAACAUAGCAUCAAUUUAGAAAACAUAUGCUACCUUAAUCUCUAUUCAGCGAUAGAUAGAGGCAAUUGGAUGACCUGCACAUUCAAUAAUGAACUAGAAACACAGUUUUGCAUUCCAUCCCAUACCAACCAAACGCACAACUCGGGUUGUGAAGAGCCUCACGUCACUUUCAAUGGAUACAAAAUGUUUUCAACGCAGUAUAUGUACUAUAAAUUAAGUGUAGAAGAUUUUGGAUGGAGGUUAUCUGCUUCUGCUGUUUCUUGGAUUUUAGUAUUUGUGGCUGUGAUGAUUGGCUUCCAGCAAACAAAAGGAUUCUACAUCUACCUACAAGUGUACAAUAUGAUUCCAAUAUCACUAAUGGGAAUGUGGAUUCUGGCCACCAAUAGAUGUUGGCAAAAUGUUCAUUAUAACUGGUAUCCAAUACAGAAAUUCUUCAAACCACAACUUAUGAUCAAUUUACUAUCAAAAGCUGCAAAAUUCCAAAACCUGCCGUAUUUAGCAUGGGUAAGUGUUAUGAAACCAAGAACUAUGGAUCCAGAAGUUGCUGUCAUGUGGGUGAUGACUGUAAAAAUGGUGAUAGUCUUAUUCGGUGGGCUCAUCUUACAAGCGACCUGCUUGAGUGCCAUAACCACAUACAAAAUUGAAACAAAAUGUUUCGUCAUCACUGCAACCGAAGCCAUAUUGAUAAUGGUUCCGGAGUAUUUUUUGCGAUAUGAAUUUGGGUAUAUGAUUAUGAGUGUUUGGAUCUCGAGUAUUAUGUUCAGCGUACACGCGUUUAAUGUUUUCAAUGUGCAAGCGAGUAUAGAAUCGUUGUUUCAAGGCUUUCCAAAAUUACUAAAAAUACCUUUUGCAACCACAUUAGCCGUUUGUAGUACGUUAUUAUUUUUGCAAGGAUUGAAAGCUAUAGGAAUACAUACUGGUCUUACGGCAUUAAAUUUCCUUGAAAGAUUUAUAACUUUAAAAGGAUCAUUAUUUGCAUGGACAAUAUUCUUAAUAGCGUUGAAAUUUUUAUACACCUGGGAGAGAUUUAGAGAUGAUUUCUUUCUGUCGUACAAAAGAAAACCAAGUCGAUAUUGGAGAAUCUGGUUAAAUGUGGUGGCAUAUUUUAGUCUUUUGUUAACACCGUAUUUGAUCUAUGAUGAAGCCUGGCAAUUCCAUGAAAGUAAUAAAACUUCCGAAGCAGUUUAUACUUUACCAUUUUUUCUAUUGAUUAGUGUCCUAUUAUUAGCAUUCUUUUUUAAACGUCAAUGGAAACUUUUAUUAAAACAACAAAGAGUAAUUAUUACAAGUCGUCCUGAUGCGGAUUGGCUGCCAUUCGAUAAAAACCUGGCAAAAACCCGAAAGUUUUAUAUUUACGCAAGAGAUCUGCACAGUAAUUAUAAAUCAAUCGAGUGUCGUCACAAAUGUUUACGAAAAUCAAAAUUAUUUGCAAAAAUGGCUGAAAACCAAGUCAAAAUAAAAGCAAAAUUUCAAGUGCUAAACAGAGGUGAAACGUUCAUGUUUGAACUACGUGAGUCAUAUGUCAUAUGA